UGUUUAUUUCCCUGCUCUUCUCAUUUUAAUCCUACUCAAAUAGGGUGAAUGUGUGUGGGUGAAGCCACAAAAUGCCGACGACAACGAAUUUGCGGUACCGUUUGGUGCACGAGUUAUACGUACGGAGAAGGCACGUACCCUUAUCGCCAAUGACGAAGGUAAACAAUUUUGGGUGCCGGCUGAGGAUGUACUCAAAGCGAUGCAUAUCACAUCGCAGCAAGGCGUCGAUGAUAUGAUUACAUUGGGCGAUUUGCAGGAGUAUGCGAUUUUGAGGAAUCUACAGAUGCGCUAUGCAAAGCGGCUGAUUUAUACUUACACCGGUUCCAUGCUGAUUGCCAUUAACCCAUACCAAAAGCUGCCAAUUUACACAAAUCGCGAGAUCUCCUUGUAUCGCGCCAAGAAGAUUAGCGAGCUGCCACCCCACAUAUUCGCCAUCAGCGACAAUGCCUUCCAACAGAUGAAGCGCGAACGCAUGAAUCAGUGCAUUGUGAUAAGCGGCGAGUCGGGCGCUGGGAAGACUGAGAGCACCAAGCUCAUACUACAGUAUUUGGCUGCCAUUAGUGGCAAGCAAUCGUGGAUUGAGCAGCAGGUAAUUGAGGCGAAUCCAAUUUUGGAGGCAUUCGGCAAUGCGAAGACAGUGCGCAACGAUAACUCAUCACGCUUUGGCAAAUACAUAGAGAUACGCUUCACCGACGCUGGCGCAAUACAGGGUGCGAAGAUCGAGCAAUAUCUUUUGGAGAAAUCGCGUAUAGUAGCGCAGUCGCGCGAUGAGCGCAACUAUCACAUUUUCUACUGUAUGUUGGCCGGUCUGAGUAAGCCUGAGUUGACACGCUUGGAAUUGUUGGAGACAUCUCCGGACAAAUACCACUAUUUGGCGCAAGGCGGCUGCCAUCGAUUGGAUGGAAAAAAUGAUGCGAAAGAUUUUGCUGAUAUACGCGCUGCCAUGAAAGUGCUCUCUUUCCGACCCGAAGAAGUUUGGAGCAUACUUAGUCUCUUGGCUGCUAUUCUGCAUUUGGGUAAUAUGUCUUUUAAGGCAACAGUAGUACAAAAUAUGGACGCCACUGAGGCUACGGAUUUGCUAAAUUUACAGCGUGUGGCCUCACUGUUAGGCGUUACAAAGCAAGCGCUUGCCAAUGCGUUAAUCCGCAAAACGAUCUUCGUACAUGGCGAGCGUGUAGUGACGAGUCUUUCACGCGAAAUGACCCUCGAGGGUAGAGAUGCGUUUGUGAAGUCACUGUAUGGCGCGAUUUUUGUACGCAUCGUGGAGCGCAUAAAUGCAACAAUCGACACGAAGGAUAAGCUAUCUAAAGAGUUGAAUACUAUUGGUGUGUUGGACAUAUUCGGUUUCGAGAAUUUUGUGGAUAACAGCUUUGAGCAGUUGUGCAUUAAUUAUGCUAAUGAAAAUUUACAACAAUUCUUUGUGCGGCAUAUUUUUAAGAUGGAACAAGCUGAAUAUGAACAGGAAAGCAUAAAAUGGAAACAUAUUGAUUUUAAGGAUAAUCAAGAAAUAUUGGACCUAAUCGGCUUAAAAUCAGUGAACAUUAUGUCCCUAAUAGAUGAAGAAUCGAAAUUUCCUAAAGGCACCGAUUACACACUGCUCGAGAAACUGCACGUACAACAUGGCAAUCGUUCGAUUUAUGUGAAACCAAAAUCCAAUCAAGAUUCGCUCUUUGGCAUACGCCACUAUGCUGGCGUAGUGAUGUACAACCCGAAUGGAUUUCUGGAAAAGAAUCGCGAUUCGUUCAGCAUGGAUUUACGUGAAAUGAUUGGUAAAUCUAAAAAUAAAUUUCUCGUCGAUAUCUUUCCAAUGGAAAUGCCUUACGACACAAUAAAGAAACAGUUGACGUUGUCGGUGAAGUUCCGCAAUUCAUUGGACCUGCUUAUGCGUACACUCGCUGCAGCGCACCCGUUCUUUAUACGUUGUAUUAAACCGAAUGAGGAUAAGAAACCUAAUCUUUUCGACCGCGAGCUAUGCGUGCGUCAGCUACGCUACUCCGGCAUGAUGGAGACGGCACGUAUACGUCACGCUGGCUAUCCCAUACGCCACAGCUAUAAGGACUUCGUCGAGCGCUACCGCUUGCUGUUGCCCGCAAUCGCACCCACGCCCACGCCCGACAUCGACUGCCGUCAAAUCACCAAACAGAUCUGCAAGCAGUUACUGCCCGCUACAGCUGAUUACCAAUUCGGGCGGCAUAAAGUUUUUCUAAAAGACAUAGAUGACACAUUCUUGGAAAAGGAGCGCGCGCGCAAAGUAUUACAAUCGAUUAUAACCAUACAACGCGGCUUACGGCGGGUGCUCUUUCGUCGCCAGCUGCAGCGUUACCGCGCGGCAGCGCUCACAAUACAAAAAGUGUGGCGUGGCUACAAGCAGCGACGUAAGUUUCUCAUCAUGCGCCAAGGUUUCCAUCGACUGGGCGCGUGCAUCGCACAAAAACGCUUGGCAUCUGAGUACAAAAUGCUGCGCUCACGUUUGAUACACUUACAAGCCUAUUGCCGCGGCUACUUGGCGCGUCAGGCGUUUAAGGCGCGCUAUACAGAGCGACAGCAGCGUCGAAAGCAGCUGCUCGCGUUGCGCGCUGACGAGGAGCAGCUGGUGCGACAGGCCAAAGAACAUCAGCAGGCGGAGAGGGAGCGGCAAGCACGGCACAGUGCUAAAAUGGUAGCUGCAGCUGCGCACGCGACAACAGCGACGGCUGUGAUGGCGCCAGCGCCACGAACUGCUGGUAUACCAGGCGCAGUUCAAGCGCCAAUGAAUGGCGCUUUGAAUGGACAACGCGCUGUAAGCUUUACAAAUGGCGUUUACGCCGUAAAUUACAUGAAUGGUCAGAAUAUCGCAAAUGGCAUGAAUGGUGGCGGGGUGGCUAGCCCAGCAAGGGUGACUAUUUCAGCUUUGGAAGCGGACAAGCAGUUAAAAGCACAAAAAACGCCCGAUAACAAUAAUUACAUCGAUGUGCAGAUGGUGGACGAUGUUUUUGGUUUUCUCGACGAUGCUGACGUCAGUUCGCCGCCCGUGGUAUCGAAUGUUAGAGAGAAGUCGCUAAUGUUCGAGCGCGAAUUGCGUCUUCAAAAAACUAUACCCGCGAAAUUGUUAUCGCGGCCUGUGAAUUAUUAUGACGCGCAAACCGUACAGCGAACGACAUUAUGAAAAGGCAGCGAGGUACAUAAGUAGACUUUAAGAGUAGGAAUAGCAAAAAUGAGUCUAGUAUUCAAAUCGAUGCAUAGCUUUUGGCAAUCUAAAAUACAAGUACCUUUUGCAUACCGAAAAAAUAUGUGACCAUAAAAGUAUGCCAUAAAAUUUAUUAAAAUAUUGUACAAUCCUAAUGUGUAGCAUAAGCUUAG